UCCGUGUACUUUUACUACAGCACUUACUAACACCGGCAGCUAUGUUUUACUGCUACGAUGAGUAUGCUGCGUUUACUUAACUGCACUGCUCGAAAAAAAACCAUCACUUGAAUCGCGGUCACAUCACUGACAUGGAAGAUUUAUAAAAAAGUCCAUGUUCGUAAUUAUAGUGUGUUACUUACUUUUCAUCGAAACAUUCUCGUCAGUCCGCGCAGUUGGUAGGUUAUGCGUGUUUCGAUCAUUGCAUAUAGCAGCUAUCUUGUUUCGGUUUUGUGUGCAUCUUCUGAGACCCUUACCGAAAUUUUACUGAUCGGACUUUAAAAUGUUAUAUUUAACGAGUAAUAAAUAUUCCAUAUCAUACGUAAUUUUACUCUUGUCUGGACUGCAGUUAUCAUCCGCUCAAAUAAAUCUCUCCAAUCUGACGCCGCUACUGGGACUCCUGGGCAACUUGAAAGGAAGUGGUGGUGGUGGUGGACUGGGCGGGCUGUUGGGAUCACUGGGUGGCGGAGGUGGCGGCGGGUUGGGUGGCCUGCUCGGCGGCGGUGGCGGUGGUGGAGGAGGGCUGGGUGCGUUGAGUGGACUGGGAGGAGGCGGUGGAGGUGGUGCCCUUUCUGGAAUACUGUCGGCAGUGGCCGGAGCGGCUAGUUCGGGAGGAAAUGGACUUGGUCUGCUCGGUGGUGGCGGAGGCGGCGGACUAUCCAGCCUCUUGGGCGGGGGUGGUGGCGGCGGGGGGAGUGGCCUAUCGAGCUUGCUGAGUGGCGGUGGCGGAAGUGGACUGUCCGGAUUACUGAGCGGCGGCGGUGGCGGAAGUGGGCUGUCUGGACUGCUCGGUGGAAAUGGCGGCGGAUCAUCCGGAAUUAACGGAUUAGAUGCCAACACUCUGCAAUCUUUGUUGGCCAACAACCAAGGAAAUUUUGGCGGUGGCGGAGGAGGCGGGCUAGGCAACUUUGGAGGAGGAUCCGGUCUGGGAGGGCUAGAUGGUCUCAGUGGAUUAGGCGGACUGGGAGGUGGAGGGCAGUCCCUGAAUUCCCGAUUUGGUGGUUUAAGCGGCAUGGGCAGCGGACUCGAUGGGUUGAGUGGAGGGUAUUCUGGCGGUGGGAUGAUGUCAUCCGGCUCGAGUCGGGAUGAUCAGAUUUUACAGAUGCUUAUGGGUCGAGGAGGUGGUGCUCCUUCUGGAAGUUUUGGUUCUCAGCGAUUCGGCGGCGGUGGAUUUAACCGGCCUGGUAUGGGCAAUGGUUUGGAUGGCGUCUAUGAUGAUCCGAUGUCCAUGAUGUCCGAUAGUAAAAGUAGGUCGAGCGUUCUUCCCAACGACCCAUCCAGCAUGUUUCGUGACCAUGGCGCCCUAGAGUUUGCCAGCAAAGAAACGAAGCCGUGUUUUGUGGAUGGAUACAAAGGUUCAUGCAUGCCGGUGUCUCUGCAAGGCGUUUGUAAACUAUACAAUUACGAUAUCCAAGACGGCGGAUGUGUUAACUUUCAAACUAUGACUCGCGAUGUCUGUUGUUACCGUCGUGAUCCAGCACAGUUGAUCAUGUCUCUGAGAGCUAAACAAAACUCACCGUUAUCGUCCCAAAUGUUAGCAUCGUCUUCUACUAACCAGGGAAUGUUUUCACCGGCUUCCGGUCCGAUUCAGAACAACCUUCUCUCUGGUGCCAAUGCAGGCACUUCGUCAUUUCCAACUGGCUUCAGUCCGGCGGUGGUCGGACAAGGUGUAGCGAAUUUCGGUCAAAGCGUAACGAACCCGCAGACGUUUGGUCUGGGUGGCACGCAAAAUGUCGGAAACGGAAAUACCGCAUUACUCACUCAGAAUGCGUUAGCAGCACCAGUGGGCAACCCGAUAGCCAAUACCAUUGGUAAUGUCGUCAGCUCACAGGUACAGGCGUCGGGUGCGGGUACAAUUCCCGGGAAUGUGAUGUCGGUUGUACUGGGGGCACUGCAGGCCCCCAAGAGUGUCAGUACAGCGGAUAUGGCCUCUAGUUUAAUCGACGGAUUCCUGGCGAUGCAGGUGACCACUACUCCAAGUUCAGCGUCCACCGUUAAUCCAGCGACUAAUACGCUGCUCGCGGGCAACAUCACGAGUGUAAAUCAGAUCCCAGCAGGAAUGCUGCCGAUGAUCCAGAAUGCUGCGGCCGGUAUGCAGCAGUGCGUGCUGGAUGGCCGACAAGGAUUGUGUAUGCCGCAGUUCAUGCAAGGCGUUUGCAACAGUAUGAAAUUGAAGAUUGGUAUUAGCCCGACCUGCGACUCUGGAAAAAUUUGUUGUGCAAAGAGUCCAGAAGCAAGACUGCCGGAUGACUUAGCCAAUACGAUAAAUAAUGUUAUGGGAAAGAAGGAGGCUAAAGCUACGACGGGCGCAAAAGACGACGACCCAAUGGUAGCAGAAGGUUCAGAGACAUACGAGAGCCGAAUACCAUACCGACCGGAAGGUCGAGCUCGUAAGUCCUGCACCAGUAACGGAUUUGAAGGCAUCUGUGUGGCGUCUUCGCUGACCGCUCUCUGUCCCGGCCUGGGAAUGCAGAUUGUCCAGUCGGGUUGCGAAGCAUCAGAAUCCUGCUGCUUUUCAUCUGACCCAUCGGCCAGCAACGUCGAUCCAUCCAUGCUGAAAGACGAACCGCUGAGUAUUUCCUUUGACAAAGCUGCCGCACCGCAGCUCACCGAUUCCUCCAGCUCUAACAUCAACGUCGCACCUUUAAAUAUGCAGGCUGCUGCGUCCAAUAAUGCCCCCGUAAAUUUUCAAGCCGCUGCGUCCAACAUCAAUUCAGUGCCACUGUCCAACAUGCCGCAGGUGAACCGAGCGGCUGCCCUGCCGGCGGCGGCAGCGGCCACUUCCGGUGGACUGGGUUUGCCUCAGUUAAGCGCAACGGAUGUCGGUGGCCUCAUGAAAGCUGUCAUCCCCAUUUUUUUCAACAAGAAUAACAACCAAAACGCCAACAACCAACAACUUUUGCAGUCGCUUCAGCAGAGUGGAGGACUGGGUGCAGCUGUCAAUCAGCAGAACCAACUGGGCGUAUGCGGCGGGCGUGGCGAAGCCGCAUCCUGUAUACAGGCUUCGUUAGCCCAAAACUGCUUUAAAAUGGGCUACAGAAUCCGUCAGGGCGGUUGUUCCGGACAACAAGUGUGCUGCUAUACUUCCACCGAUGGUCUGCAGCGCGAUGCGUCGUACUCGCUGGAAGAGGCCAAUAAGUGUUUCAUACAGGACCAUCCCGGCAUUUGUGUUCCGUAUUCAACGGCACGGAAUUGUUCUCUGUAUGGACUGGAAGUCUCCAUGUAUGGGUGCUCGUCACCGGAGUUGAGUUGUUGUUACACGAGAAAUUCCGUCAAUGGCGAAUGUGGUAUUAAAGGAAAGGGCUCAGCAACGCCGGCUUACAAUGGAUUUAAUCAGAAUGUGGGUAAUGGAUAUCCGACGGCCAUGGGAGGACCCCCGAUGCCAGAGUUUCCUACUUCCGAUCCUGACUUUGCUGAUGUUGGCGAAUAUUGCUGGCAAGCAGCCUUGCUUGACCGCUCCAGUGGGAAUUACUUUUGUUCUGCCGUUCUUAUCGAUACAAUAUGGCUGUUAACGGCGGCGCAUUGCGUAACAAAGCGAAGCCCGAUGGACAUCACUGUGCGACUAGGUGAAUGGGAUUUCAAUAUAUCAACGGAAGUCCCCGGUCCACGCGACUAUUCUGUCUUCAAUUUGUACAUUCACUCCAAUUAUGAUGCCAAAACUCUGGAAAACGAUAUUGCGGUGCUGAAGUUAAACCGACCGGCAGACAUCACCCUCAGUAAUAUCUGUUUGGCAUGUCGACCAGGGCAGAUUGAUUACUUUGGGAUGAAUUGUCAGGCUGGCGGAUGGGGUAAACUGGGACAAAAUUUUCCGUUUUCAUCACGCCUGAAACGGAUUCCAACGCGCAUUUUCGGAUCAGAAUGCGCCUACCGCCUCAAGAAUUCUCCCUUAGGACCCGGCUUCAAAUUUCACACCACCUCCUUCAUGUGCGGCAGCGCCACCGGACGCCAGACAAUCUGCAACGGCGACGGCGGUGGUCCAUUGGUGUGCAAUGUGGGCGGCAAUUUCCAACUGGCUGGCAUUGUCGUUUCCGGCAUCCAGUGCGGUCAGGGCGGAACACCGGCAUUAUUCGUUAACUUGGGACAGUAUCAAGCUUGGAUAGACGAAGUUAUGAAAAACUGAAACAAAAAAACAAUAAAAUUUUUGCCAGCGUUUAAAUUUUGCCUGGUUAAUUCUGUUGUUGGUAUACAAAUUGUUCCUUUAUUUCAUUUCUGCUUGAUUCUCCCUCGUUAUUUUUAUUUGUAGUUAAGUUUUCACGGUGAACACUAAGUUGCUGUGUUGUGUGGCUGCUAAAGCGUAUGGAUACGAAAACCAAUAAAAGUAUUUUAGCGCUAAA